CUUGAGUUUUCAGCCUCAGUUCAGCUAACAGAUCUACCUGCUCAGGUUUCGGUUUAAAUGGCAUUAAUCGCUCCUUGAAGAUCCUGAACAGCAGACAGGAACGAUAAACCCGACGCGGAACCAUUUGCGGCUCUGACUCACCGGAUGUAGAUAAACGAGACACCCGGCUGCUGGGAACCUCGAAGCUAACGUCAAACAGAGCCACAGUUGUAACGUUCUGCUAAUUUUUCACGCUGUGUUCUGAUAACGCCAAAGAACAGAGAUGAUUAAAGCCAUACUGAUUUUUAACAACCACGGGAAGCCGCGGCUGAUCAGAUUCUAUCAGUAUUUUGCAGAGGACAUGCAGCAGCAAAUCAUUCGGGAGACUUUUCAUUUGGUAUCUAAAAGAGACGACAACGUCUGCAACUUCUUGGAGGGUGGAAGUCUCAUUGGUGGUUCCGACUACAAGCUGAUUUACCGACACUACGCCACUCUCUACUUUGUCUUCUGUGUGGACUCGUCGGAGAGUGAACUCGGCAUACUGGACCUUAUCCAGGUCAGCUGCUGCUUUGUUGAAUGGCUCUUUAGAAAUAUUUAA